CUCUCCUCCAGACGCGCUCAUUCUCUUCUGUCCCAGAUCAGGACCAGGCGAGUUUUCCGGACGGAUUUGUGACACGGCGGGGAUUUGAAAGCACCGCAGCCGCGUCUGGAGAACAUGCAGCAGAUAUUCAUUGGGGACGCUUGACUUGUAGAGGAGCUGACAGGAGCCUGAUAUUAUACCGGACUGACAGCCAACAUGUUCUAGGCGCUUCUGAAGUUACGAUUGCGCGCGGAGUUCAGCAGGAUCUGCCCGCGCUGUGAAGAGACUGAGCGGUUCACGUCCUGGGUUAGCAGCGCCGGUUCGGCGGGACGCACUGGAGCCUCUCUGCUCAGGAGAGAGAGAGAGAGAGAGAGAGAGAGAGAGAGAGAGAGAGAGAGAGAGAGAGAGAGAGAGAGAGAGAGCGUAAAAAUAACAUUGGCUAAGACGCGCUCCAUUCCGCGGGCGCGCUGACAUUUCAAACGCCAGUUUGGGUGGCACCCGGCAACAUAUACCCGAGCAGGCUGUAGAAACGGUGCCAUCCCAUCGUGACUGGUUACCAUGGUAACCAGUCGCUAGAAGAAAAUCUGAUGAGGUUACGCAUUUGAACCCUUUGCACGCCUCACCUGAGCGAGUAUCCCUGAAUAAAAGAGAAAAGAAAAAGAAAAGCAGCUCAUGUCCCAUGUCACACCCGGCCACGCGGCCAUCUAUUAAAAGAUCUCGCUCGUGCUGUCCCUCGGACUAUUUAUGCACGUGGGCGCAGUGAGGGCCAACUCCACUCCGUAAACAGACAGAAGACAAGUCAUGGGCAGCAUCACACGCGCGCUGCCGCUGCUGCUCCUGCUGCUCCUGUGCGCGCACGGCACCGCAGCCCAGCACCACCUGCGCCUCAGGCCCUUGCCCAGCGACGGUCUGCCCGUCCCAGGCCUCAUCGAGGACCCCGACCCGGAGCACGACCCGCGCGAGCAGGACCUCUCGGAGAAGACCCUGCUCAAAAAGCUGGGCAGCAACUUCGACGCCAACUUCAUGUCCAUCCACCUGCCCGCGCAGCUGAACGCCAGCGCGCCGCCGGAGCUGCCGCGCCUCCCCAUGCCCGCGGAGCUCAAGAAGCUGGACCUCACGGAGACGCCGUACGGGAGGCGCGUCAAGGUGGGCAAGAAGGCGCGGCGGAAGUUUCUGCAGUGGCUGUGGAUGUACACGCACUGCCCGGUGCUUUACACCUGGAAGGACCUGGGCUUGCGCUUCUGGCCACGCUACAUCAAGGAGGGGAACUGCUUCAGCGAGCGCUCGUGCUCCUUUCCCGAAGGCAUGUCCUGCAAACCGGUCAAGGCUGUGACCAAGACCUUCCUGCGGUGGUACUGCCAGGGCUUCAUGCGGCAGAAAUACUGCACGUGGAUACAGGUGCAGUAUCCCAUCAUCUCCCAGUGCAAGUGCUCGUGCUGAGCUGCGCGUGCGCGAAAGGGUUUAUCCAAUAUGAAUGAUUGCACUGUUUACCCACGGACAGAGGGAUGUGUGGCGCCACAUAGCGAUUCUAUUUUUAUAUGUGUAUAUAUAUAUAGCUUUUUAAUUCAAGAUAUAUGACAUAUAUGUACAUAUUUAAGUCGAAGAAAGAAGAAUGCAGCUAUUUUUGUUAAAGGAUCAGGACCAUAUUCUCACGAGGAGCACUUCAGCUCGUGGUUAUUUUUAUGAAGUUAUUGCGAAGACGAAAGAGAGAACUUCACUUUCCUCCUUCUGUCGAACUCUAUUUAUAGAGACUGAAGAACACUGCGGUGAUGCCUAGACGUUUUGUACAAAUAUUAAUGUCAAUAAUUGUGGAAAAAAAGAGGCUGGGCUGAAAGUUAUACGGUGAACUCGGCUUUUAUUAUUUUCUUUUGGAAAUCAUAUAGUAUUUUAGUAAAAAGACACACAUGUGUACGGUUUAUUUAUUGUUUUAACGGUUGUGAGUAUAGAUAAAGAGAAGAGAAUAGAAUAUACCAGAAAUUCUACUUGAAAAGUUUUAAAGAUGAAUUUAAGAGAAUAUUAAUAUUAUUAAUAAUAAUAAUUAACAUGUCAGUGUAAAAUGCCAUGGUUUUAGCAAUAAAAUCUAUUAAACGUGGACUGAGUGUGAAGGAUCUGAGAAAUGCCUGUGUUCUGAUGUUGUUUUUUCCCGCAGUACUAACUGAUGCAUAUGUUGCAUAAGCGUAUGAUAAAUAGGUGGUGUUUCUGAAUGACAUCCAGUGCUCCAAUAACCCUCUUUAGGUGUGGAAAUACUCCACAGGGGCCGCUUGGAACCGUCAGUUCUUCGCCGUGCGUAAAAGCGCGCCGAUGUUAACACAGCUCUAAAAUAUGAUGCAGCCAUUUUCAAACACUGUCAUUGGUGAAAUAGAGCAGGGAGAGCCAGCAGCUCCUGGCGUACUGCUUCUGGAAAGGGAAAGGGAAGGGGGGGAAGAAAAAAAAAGUCUGAGAGACAGAAAUCUGAGCCCGAUUCUUGUCCAAAAGUCUCGGCGUGAGAAACACUGCAACCCUCUACAAUGACUGUGAACUGAUGCUGACGGUACCAGACUGUUAAUUAGUCAGCAAACACACUGUCUGCGAGUUCAAGAGAUGCGAGACUCGUAAAAACGCAGCUUUAACACACACACACACACACACUCGCCGUCUUCCAGAGACUCACGUGCACGCUCGCAGUGAAUCACGCCUGUCAUUUAAAGCGAGUGAAAGUGCAUGUGUGCGCGCGCGCGUUAUUGCUGAAGUUAUUGUGACAGACACACUGCUGGUGCUGUGUUUUGGCGCUGGGUGGGGGCAGUUGUCAGCUCUGUUUCUUGAUGAUGUCUAGAGCUUUUUGGAGGAGGCUGAGAGUGUGUACGUAUGCGCGAGUGUAUGUGUGUGUGUGUGUGUGACGCGCCGGCGCCACUCGGCCGCGCACUCUGGCGAGCGCAGAAUAGAUUGAACAGUAACCCUUUCAGCCUGUGUGUGUGAAAGCCAAUCCCCGACAAACUAGCCCUCAAAACACACAGCCGUCAGACUGGCGGAGCACUUCAGCCUUCUGUGAGGAGGAGGAGGAGGAGGGGGGGGGUAUUCAUCAUUAAAAAUAUGACCCAAGCUGGAGUGAAUCAGGGAGUUCUUUGAGACCAAAGUUAAACACAAUGUUUUCUGUCCUUGGCAGAGGCCAGUGAGAUACAGAAUGCAGCGAAUGCUCCAGUUUGCAGUGUGCAUGGAGACUGUGCUGCGAAAACAAAAGCAAAACAGCUCACUUAAUGGGAUGAAUUACAGCUAUAUGAGGGGGGACCCGUGUAAAAGUUGAACAGUUGAUCUUCUACGUGUCUCUAAUAGUGUUUUGGUUUGAUUUGUUCUGCUUUUGAUGUAUGUUGAGAGUGUGUGUGUGCAAUAUAAUUACAUGGAGAUGGUGAAAUAUGAGGACUCAUGUUCCCGAUUUUCUAAAUGCUUAAAAAUCACAUAGAAUGAUUUGUUUUUAUCUUUAAAUACUUUCCUUUUAGGUUUAGGGUAAUUGAAAAUAUGAAAAGCUAUGGAAUGUCCCCACAAUUCAUAAAGACAAACUCGUGUGUGUGUGGGAGAUGUUUCCAUUAGUCUUGUGGGUGACAUUCACACUGCGCUUUGGGACCACCAACAGUUGCCUUAACUCAUGAUGUCUCUCUCUCUCUCUCUCUCUCUCUCUCUCUCUCUCUCUCUCUCUCUCUCUCUCUCUCUCUCUCUCUCUCUCUCUCUCUGUCUGUGUUUGUGUGUGUGUGUGUGUGUGUGACUUAAAGUAUAUGCAUGUGUGUGAGUCUCUAAAUCUGCUUCCGUUUAAUAGUUGCUUGUGAGUCCAAAUGCUAUUCUUCUUCAUUAUUUGCUUGAAUAAAUCAGUCAUGGGGAUGGGGCUGUUGUAUGAGCCAGAUGAUGGUCUCUUUCUUUCCACAUCCGUCCAGGAGAGGGGGUAGAAAGGUAAGCAAUGGGAAGUUCACACAUCAACUAGGGCGAGAACUGAAGGA